UUGACACUUUUUGCCGUCAAUGGCGUUUGAUAGACGCAACUGUGUCGAUGUGUCAGAGAAAUUUUAUACUAUAUUGCAUUUUAUAUGACGUUACAGUCAAAUAGUGAGAUGUAAUUAUAGAAGUGGCAUUUACAAAUUAAUUGUAAUAGAUAGUAGUGUUAUAGAGAACGUGAACAUUCUAAUUACGGAUGUUUAAAAUUGGAAUGUUCAAUGGCUGUGAAUAUGGAAGUAGAAAAGAAUAUAUCCAAAAAGAUUGACACUCAACUUUUGGCCAACAAUUCGAUGGAAUUUAAUAAUGAUAUUCAGAUAGACAACGAAAAUAUUAAAGAUAUCGAGGAUUCAUUGUCUUCUCUUAAAAAUAUAACAAUUGAUAGCGAGAAAUGUGACGAUACUAUUAUAUACGCACAAGUUGAAAAUUCUCAAAUUUAUGCAAAAAAUUUAGAAGAUAAUUUAGUGUCUACUAAUGAAAAAGAAGAAAAAAGUGAUGAAGAUAAAGAAAAAGAAUUAUCACAAGACGAGGAAGUUUUAAAAAAUGAUUGUAAGACUGAAAAAAUAGAAGUAACAUCAGAAAAUUCUACUGAUGGUUAUGUAUCUCAAGCUCCAUUAGCUUUCACAAUUGACUUUGGUAAUAAGGAAAUUGAUACAACAAAAUAUCAAAAUUUAUUUGAAAGAUAUAAUGCUAGACAUAAAAGAAAUUUAUCUACAUCUAAGGUAGAAAUAAAUACAAAAAAACCUGGUACUUUAGUUUCUUCAAAUUUAAUGCAAAAACAAAAAGUUUCUAGUAUACAUUCUGAAGGUUAUUUUAGUAGUGAAGAUGAUACAAGACGAAAAACAGAUCAAUUAUCAGAAAAAUUAAAACAAUUAGGUUCAAAGUCACUUUUAAAACCAUCACACAUUUUUAAAAAAUCUGAAUCUAAUGUGAGAGUAUCAAAUUUUCAAAAUAAACAAGAUAUAAUGAGUAAAUCUUUUGAACAGUCAAAACAACUUAAACUUCCUUAUAAAAAUCUAUCUUUAGAACUUGGUCAUACAGAAAAAACAAAUGCAACAUCAUAUUGGGUACCACAAAAAUCUGCUACUAUAAAUGAUUUAAGUAGAAUUCAAGCAAAUAAUUAUGAUGACGAUGAAAAGUUGUAUACAAAAAAUAUUGAUCAAGAAGAUGAAUAUGAACAUUCAUCUGAUGUAUCUGAAAAAGUAUCUAAUAUCAGUUAUAUUAAACAUAAAAAUAUAAAUGUUAAGGAACCUAAUUUAUCUAGCAUUAGUUAUACAAUGGAACUAAAUCCUAAUGAUUUAGUUGAGACAGAUAUUGAUGUUUUCAAUGUUAGUAAUAUUGAUGGAGGAUCAGAUGGUGCAGUUAGUGAAGCAGGAACAUAUACAAUUCAUAAAGAUUAUACAGAUGAAGAAAAAGCUAGAAUGGAUAUAGAUAAAGUAUUUAGUGUUGGUAUUUUAACUGAAGAUGAAAGCAAUGAAGCAUGUAUUCAUAGUUUUAAGAUGAGUGUUUCAAGGGAUAAUAAUACAUGGAUAUCAGAAUGGGCUACUCAAGUAGCAGAACAUAAUUCUUUACCACCAGCAAUUGGUGGAUUAACUGGUCGUACACCUCCAUUAAGUCCUUCUAAAAUACCAUCUCCUGUUCAUAACAGAUCGCAACGAUUGAUUCGUGGUCGCAAUGAACAAAGCGAUAGCAGUUUAGAUGCAGAAUCAUAUUUACGAAUAAAAGAAAGAAUUUCAAAUCAACAAAUAUUUAUUGAUUCUGGUGGAGAAUCAGAUGAUGAUACUAGUAAUAGUUAUAAUACACCUCCACAAAGUUCACAAAGAACACCAGUACAUGGAGUUUUGAGUAGAAGAGGAAGUCUUUCUGAAUCUCUUUUUAGAAGAAUUAAUACCAAUGAAAAUAGAAGAAGUAUUCGCAAAUAUAUAAGUUCAAAUAAAUCAAAGACUGAAGAUAUAAAUACAGAAUUAAGUAAUCCGUCCAAAGAUUUUACUUCUCUUCAUUUAGGAAGACGAAGUAGUUCCUUGGACAGGAAAGAAUAUACAUCUAAUACAGCAGAAUGUAAUACGUCCAAAAAUAAUAGUAUGAAGUAUUAUCAAGAUGAUGAAAUUAAGUAUUCAAAUAGUCCAGUUUUAAAUCGCUUAAGGCCGUCUACACCAAAAUUAACAAAUAGUCCAAUUAUAACUCGUAAAACAGUUACCAAAAUUGUUAAUUCACCAGUGUUAGAAAGAACUAAACAUUUGGCAAAAUCUUCUCCACAAGCAAAAAAUAUUGGAUAUUUUACAUGUGUUGAAAAUAGUCCAUACAUGUUAAGAAAGUCUAAUAGUACUGCAGAUUAUCACGAAGAAAAUAUCAGCUUUAGUACAGUAAAUAAUGUUCUUCAAAAUAAUCCAAAUGUUAAACAUAAUUUAAAUAUCCAAAGAUCAUGUAGUAAUGCAAAUAUUAGAAAUAUAAAAUUACAAAGCCAAUUAUCUCGUCGCAGUAGUUUUAAUAGUAGUGAUAUUGAUAGAACAUCUUUAGGAGAAAGAUAUCUUCCUGCUUCGGACAGUAGUAGUGAAACUGGUGAACAGCAAGCAAAAUCUUCAUUAGGUUCAGUUUCUUCUGGAAUUAAAUUGAAUCGAGCUUUUAGCAUAAGAAGAGCUAGAUUAAAUUGUGAAUCUGAUACAACUCCAAAUACAACUCCUGAAGAAAGACGCAGAAGAGCACAAAGUGAAACAAAAUUAACAUCUUCAAAUAAACAGCAAAAUCGAAAUCGUAUAACUAAUAUAAAUGUAAAUAAUAAAGAAUCUUUAAAAAAAUCAGAGCCUACAAAACCAAGAACUACAUCUAUAUCAAGAACUGAUAGUACCAGACUUAGUAUGAGAACACCAAAAUCAUCUCAUUUAACUUCUACUACGCAACGUCCUAUUCAAAAAGUAAUUAAAGAUCAAAAGAAAUCUGGUAGAAGUAAUUCAACAUUAACAUCAAAGGAAGUAGAAUUUCAAAAUUGGAAAAGAAGAAAAAGUUAUGAUCCAAUGAAAGCAGCUGCGGAAGGUAGAAAAAAAUUGAUAGAUAAUUCAAAAAAACAUCACAGCACAGAAGAUAGUUCAGGAAAUCAUGAUAAUUCUGUAUUGAGAUCAGCAAGUUUCCAUGGAACUGGUGCUGCUCUUUCACUAGCUAAUGAAUGGUCUGACAACGAAAUAAAUAUUGUUCAAAAUGAUAAUCAAAUACCUCCACCAUGUAGCCCACAAUUGGAAAGUGAUAGUGAUAUAGAAACAUCAUAUUAUUUACAAACAACACAAAAUGUAAUGUCAGCUAUGUCAGCUCGUAUUACGGUUUGUCAUUCACCUUUAGUAGAUUCAGAUAAUGAUAGUGAUGAAGACACUAGUCAUAGUUUACAUAAAAAUAUAUCAAAAACAUUACAUCAACCUAGUGAUACAGAGAGCAGCGAUGAUCGUCAUCCUAGUGCACAGAAUGCUCUUUCAAAUACUAAAUAUAAUCGAGCAUUUAGUUUACGCAGAGCAAGAUUAGACAUACAAUCAGCAAAAGUACCAGGAAGUAUAAAUAAAAAUAAAUCAAUUAUACAAGAUACUCGAAAAUCUGAAUCUGUUACAAGUAUUAGUAGAACCGAUUCUGGACGUUUUAGUAUGAGAUCAAGCAGAACUGCAAAUACUGGAUCUAAAAUAAAACCAAAAGAAACAAAAAAACCUGCAACACCAAAUACAAGAGAGGUUGAAAUGCAAAAUUGGAAACGUCGUAAAAGUUAUGAUCCUAUGAAAGCAGCAAUGGAAGGAAGAAGAAAAGCAGGUUUGGCAAAGAAAAAUACGAAUGCCAAUCUUUCUCCAAGUAAUGUUGCAAGAUCACGAAGUUUCCAUGGUUCAUCAGGAUUUGGAAUUAGUGAUUGGAGUGAUGAAGAAUUAGCUAUAUCUGCAGAUGAAGUUACAAUUUAUUAAAGGUCAACUUAUUAACAAUAUUAUAAAUGAACUUAAUUAUAAAAACUUUAAUUAUACUAAUGUAUAUAAAGACUAAGAAAAGAGAUUGAUUCUCAUACAAGAUUGCUCCAUGAAUAGUUCUAUAUAAAAUUAUAACUGAGAAAAAUGUUAAAAAAUCUUUUCUAUAUUAAAAGAUUCUAUUUUUUGCAACUUUUAACAUUAAGAAUCUAUAGAUCUAUAUGGCUGUCAGUACUAUUUUAAGUUGAAGUAUUAAUAUUCAAAAAAAUUGAUGCAUAUUUGCAUAAAAUUUAUGUUUAAACAUUUUCAUAUUUUAUUUUAUUAUUUUUUUUUCUUUUGUCAUGAUAUAAAUUCUUAUUAUACGUAUUAAAUAUAUAAUACUUUUAAAAAAUAAAUAUUAUAUGAAUGAAAAAUAAAUGUGCUAAAAUCUUUUGGAAUUUGUGAUUAGAAAAUAUCAUAAUUCCAAUGCUAGGCCUAAAAAUAAUAAAUAUAUAAUAGAAAAAAAUAAUGUAUGUAAUUGGACCAAUAAUGAUAUAAAAAUAUUAAUUUUCUCAUAUCUUAAUAAUUAUUAUGUUAUAACUAUGUUAUGUUAUAACUAUGUUUUAUUGUAUUAUGCGUAAUAUGUAUAUUAUGAUUUCUAAACUUAAUUUUUAAUGAUAGUAUAUGCUCUCUAGUUUAUUUUAAUCAAUUAUCUUCUUCAUAUAUUAUUGGAAUCAACAACAUAAUCAUCAUUACAGACAUUAAUUAAUUUCUAAAUUAUUAAUUUCUAAUAAAUAAAAAAUUAUAUGUUCUGGUUGAUAUAAAAUAGACAAAAACUUCCAUAUAAUAUAAAAUAAUAUAUAUGAGCUCUUCAUGUUUCUGCAAAAAUAUUGGUAUAUAUAAGAAAAAAAAAUACUAUUUGCUCUCAAAAGGUGCAAUGAAUCAUUACAGUUAUUUUUUAUAUUAAAUAAUUUAAACACUUGAUGUGAUCAUAAUAUGCUUUAAAGUAGUAAUAUAUUAAAGUAUUAUGUUUUAUUUUUUACUGACUAGUAUAAUGGAACAUACUUAUUAAAUUAUGUAUAUAUUAUGAAAUUAUUUGAAUUAUUAAAAAAAAAAACUUGCAUUUUCGCUUAAUAAAAUUAAUGCGAUCAAUGCAUUGAUAUCGAUCUGUAUAAUCUAGAAAUGAUCUUAAGCUCAUUAUAUAUAUAUAUUGAUAAUAUCAAUUAAGAAAAUUUAUAAUAUGUAUUUGUUCAAAAAUUUAUAUUACUUAUUUGUGCAGCUUAUUUGUUAUAAAUUUAUUAGCUAUUUCGAAUUUUGAUGAUAUUCAUAUUUAAAUUAGUUUAUGUACUUUAUUUAGUUAUAAUUAUAUCAUAUUUUUUACUGUAUAAUUUUUUUAAAUAUAUUAUUUAUUUCUAAUCUAGAAAUUUAUAAAUUAUUAAAAAAUAUUAUCAAUAUUUUGCAAAACAUAACUUUAUUUUAAUUUUUUAAUAAUUACAAAUUAUUUUUAUAAAAAUUAUGCAGUAAAAUAUAAUAGGAUAAAUUUAUGUUAUAUUUAAAACAAAAAAAUUAUUGUUCAGUAGAAUGUAAUAUUUAUUUCUAUCAAAAAUUCAUUUUCAUAAUUUCAUUAAUAAUAAUUAUAUAUUUGCACAUUAUUAUUAUUGUUAUUAUUAUUAUUAUUAUUAUUAUACUACUAUUAUAUUGUUAUUAUUAUUAUUAUUACUAUUAUUAUUACUAUUAAUAUUAUUAUUAUUAUCAAAAUGCACUUUUUUGUUGUAUAAUGUUUGUUUUAUUUUAUUAAUCUAACAAGGUGCUAAUUGCAAUACACUUGUCUCAUUUAAUUUUUAAUAUCUCAUCUAUUUAUUCAAUCACAAAAUAUUAUAUUAUAUUUCAUAAUGAAAACAAAUAUGAAAUAUGAAAUAUAAUUUAAUUGUGUCAAAAUCUUUCUCAUACAUACCUAUAUAUAUAUAUAUAUAUAUGGUGAUGUUAAGAUCUUUAUAUAUGAUAAAAUUUUUCGAAAGUGAUGCAAAAUAAUUUUUAUGUUAUAAAAUUAUAUGUUUAUAUUAUAUUAUAUAAAUUUUUAAGAUCAUGUUACUAUGUAUAUUUAUAAUGAUGCAUGUGCAUAGUAUUAUUAUCUUAUUUUAAGAAUCUUCUUCUAUGUUCUUCUUUUAAAUAAAAGUGGGCUUCCAUAGUGAAGAUCAUUGUUAUUUUAAAA